AUGGGAGUGCAUCCGUUUGAACCCGAUCCAAAUGAAGCUGUCUUGGCUGUGCUAUAUCCCAAAUUCUUCGUGGAUUUUAUGAAGACAGGACAGCCGCGACCAGGUUUGAGGUUUUUGAUCUAAAA